UCCUCUUUCCCUCUCUGUUUCUGUGAUUCUCCUAAAGGUAUUCAAACGUCUGUAAAAAGGCUUGAAGGCCAGAGGACUCAGGACGGGUAUGCAGGGUGAACCAGAGCGCCGUCUCCUGGUGACUGAGGCUAUAUCUGAGUUGGAUUUAUGGAAUGCAGCUGUUGAGUGUCUGACAGACGUGUGAGAGGCUCAAACAGUCUGUCAAACACAAGCUGUGCUACAAGCUCAACUCUCCUUUCUGUUUGUAGGAAAGGACUUCUGUGCUUCAACACAACGUGGCUGUGUGGACUCCAGUCAGCAGAUGGUGCAGGAGCAGUAUGUUGCCACCACCCAGGGGAGCAGCGCACCAGGGCCGGUGCCGGACCACGUCCACAAGAUUGGAAUCUAUGGCUGGAGGAAGCGUUGCCUGUAUUUGUUCGUCCUUCUGCUCCUCAUCAUCCUGGUGGUUAACUUUGCCCUGACUAUCUGGAUCUUCAGGGUGAUGUGGUUCAAUACGGAAGGGAUGGGACACCUACAAGUACACCAACAUGGAGUCGAGCUGGAGAAAGGGGAGUCUGAGUUUCUUUUCCCCUUCUAUGCUGCGGAGAUCCACUCAAGAGAAGACUCAGCACUUCUGGCUAACUCAUCAGAAAAUGUUUUCCUGAAUGCCCGCAAUGAAAAUGGAGAUGUCACAGGGAGGAUGUCUGUAGGUAUGAAGGAGGCUCAGGGACACGCUCAAAGCCUGCUGAUCCACUCCAACAAUGACAACAUGCUGUUUACUGCAAAUGGCGACCAAACUUUAAUUGGACCGGACAAAUUACGAGUCACAGGUCCUGAAGGUGCACUGUUCCAGAACUCUGUGGAGGUCCCCCAGCUCAAAUCAGAGCCUUUGAAAGACCUGAGGCUGGAGUCUCCUACCCGCUCUCUCAGUCUGGAUGCACCAAAAGGAGUUCAUGUCAAAGCACUGGCUGGGAAUAUUGAAGUUGCUUCCAACAUGGAUGUUUUUCUGCAGUCUAGUAAAGGACUGCUGGUGCUGGAUGCUGAAACUGUGCGCAUGCCAAGUCUGCCCCUGAGCGAAGGAGGGGUUUCUGGAAAUGCACAGGGUAUCUUCGAGGUCUGCGUCUGUCCCAGUGGAAAGCUCUUCCUCUCCAAGGCCGGGGUCACCUCCACUUGCAGCGAGAACCAGGAGUGCUAGAUGACUCUUUGCUCUUUCCAUCAGUCAGGACACAAACAGAUGAUCUGAUCUUUUUAUGAAAAUCUUGAGACAAUAGUGGAUCUGUGAUGGCUUCAUUGUUAAGAGCAAAUUGAUUCCCUAAAGCCUGUAAACAUAUUAGACAUGCAUUUGUUUGGUCCUAUCCAAGACGUACCAAGAGAAAGAUUGAUUCUGACUGUCUUUAAUCAUCGAGGAGCUCUCGGCAGCUUACAUAUAGAUGUAUGGAAUAUUAUCUUGCUAUGCAAUAGAUUAAACUAAUACAUAUUAAGGGCUUGGAAUAAAAACAUGUUGAAAGAAUGUUUAAAUAGCCUUCUUGGCUUGCAUUCUUCAUACAGAGCUGUGAAAAAGUAUUUGCUCCCUUCCUGAUUUCUUACUUUUCUACAUUUACAUUAAUCAGAGUAAAAUGCAGUUUUUAAAUGAUUUUAAUUUAAGGGAAAAGGCAAUCUGGCCCUGUGUGAAAGAGUAAAUCAUGAAUUACCUGUAAUUGUACCAGAAUCAGAAAGCUGAGUUCAGUUUCACUAUUCACACCCAGGCCUGAUCACUGCCAGACCUGUAGAUCCAGAAAUCCCUCAAAUAGAACCGGUCUGACAAAGUGAAGUAGGCUACAAGAUCUUCAACACAUCAUGGAACCAUCUAAAGAAAUUCAGGAACAGAUGAGAAACAAAAAACACUGACAUCUGUCAGUCUGGAAAAGGCAUUUCUAAGGCAACCACUGUGAGAGCCACUAUCCACAAAUGGAGAGAACUUGGAACAGCAGUGAACUUGCCCAGGAGUGGCCGGUUUACAAAAAAGACUCAAGAGAGUGUAUGGACCACUCAUCCAGAAGUUCCCAGAAAACUCCAGAACAACAUCCAAAGACCUGCAGGCCUCACUGACUCAGUUAAGGUCAAAGUUCAUGACUCAACAAUAGGAAAGAGAUUCAUCUCACAUUUGACUUUAAACAUCCUGAUGAUCCCCAAGACUUCUGGGAAAAUAUUCUGAGGACUGACGAGACAGAAGAGGAACUCUCUGGAAGGUGUCACCAAGGUGUGCACAACCAGUUAUCAGGUUUAGGGGGCGAUGACUCUUUCACAUCGGGCCAGGUAGGUUUGGAUGGCUGUUUUUCCUUAUUCAAAAUGACCAUUUUAAGAGUGUUUUGUAUUUUCUCAGGUUAUUUUUGUCUAAUAUAUUAAAAUCAGUUUGAUGAUCUGGAAUUUCAAGUGUGACAAAAAACAAAAAAAAUAAUUAAGGAGGGAGAUACUUUUCCACAUGUUGGGUGAUUUGUCUCUGUGUUUUUUUUCUUUCUUUCAGUAUUUAUCUGGGUGUAGAAAUGUGGGGAAAUACAGACAAGUUGCUCUACGGCAGUGGUUCCCAACCCCUCUCAGCCCCCCUCCCAUCAACAUAUGAAUAUAUGUGAAAACACAGUCACUAUUUUUUUAUUCACUGCAACCUAAAAUCUUUUAAUUUUGCAGGAACAACAACCAUCCUAUUAAACAGAAUUUUAAAAGUCUGACUCUGAAGAUGACCAUGUUACUGGGAAUAAAAACCUGGUGUUAUCCAUGACUACUGCAGGCUCAUUUAGUGUUACAGAUCUUCUCAGGUCUUGGGUGAGAAUCCACUCUCAGUUGGGUCUCAGGGUCCAGAUUUUGUCUGUUUUGUCCUCUCUCAUAGAAUGUUGUAAAAGGAAAAAAGGAAGGAGUGUGGCCAGGACUCUCCUGUGUUGCAGUAGUUCUCCUUUUACACUCAUAUCCAAAAAGCAGACAAUGUCCUGGACUUCAGCUGCAACCACAUUGUUGAUCCUAGCGUGACAUCAGUGAACUCCUAUCCAGUGGUGAAGCCAUCAACUGUGUUGCGUUCCUCUGCCUUGCCAUGACACGUCCCUCUUGGGGUGCCCAGACCCCUGGUUGGGAACCACUGCUCUAGUAGAUUAAUUACACUCAGGCACCAUUAUCCUGAGUUUUAAUAAGAAGACUUGAGAGGUAACUGGCAUUAGCCUCUCAUUAUGAAGAUGAACGUUCAAAGGAAAGUGUUUUGUAAUGUUUGUAUUGACCAGUAUUUUCUGACAUUUGUGUGUUUGGUUAAAUAUUAUCAUUGUUGAUAUAAGCAGCAUACUUUAUUCAUUUUCUUGAAUAAACUUUGUGGUUUUCUUUG